AUGGGGGUUCACCAUUCAAAAUCAUCAUCUGGUACUAUGAAUGAAAAGAGAAAAACAAAAAAUAAAAGUAAUAAUAUAGAUGAUACUAAUAUACACCGUGAAAUUAGUAGUGAAGAAAUUGAUAAUGCGAAUUUUCAACAUUUCCUUUUUAAAAAAUUGUGGGGAAAAAGUUAUAGUGCACCGAUUGAUGAAAUGUUAAAAGCUGGAGGAAAAGUUCUUGAUGUUGGUUGUUCGACGGGCAGUUUUUUAUUGGAUUGUGCCUUGGAAUUUCCAAAAAGUGAAUUCGUAGGCAUAGAUAUCUCACCAAUCUUUCCAACACAAAUAAAGCCACCAAAUGUCACAUUUCAAAUUCACGACAUUCGGAAACCCUUUCUUUUCGAAGAUGAAUCGUUUGAUUUUAUUCAUUUAGGAUUCAUUCGAAAUUAUGUAAAUAAAGAAAGUUGGAAAUUAGUAAUAAUACCGGAAAUAUUACGCAUACUUAAACCUGGAGGUUGGGUAGAAGUAUGUAUUUAA